AUGGCUAAUGAAUCGAGGCCCUGCCCAUGUGAUAUUGGAGACAGGUCUGACUAUGAGGAUUGUGGGCAGGAAGUCCAAGCUGAGCACGUCCAGGCGUGCGUUUGCAAACCGCCUGCCAGCACAGACAGAGCUGUGAUUGUGAGUCAUGGUGUAUUUGGAUGGCAGCUCCCAAACACCAGAUACAUGGCUGAUAUGCUUGCGGCUAGUGGAUACGUAGCCAUCUGCCCAUACUUUUUUGCAGGAAGAGGAGCUUGGAAGCCUUCUGAUGACUGGUCAAAGUUCAAUGACUGGCUGAAAACUCCAGAUGCCAGGAAAAUAAACAAAGAAGCUGAUGCUGUCUUGAAAUAUCUAAAGCAACAGUGUGGUGCAAAGAAAUUAGGGGUUAUUGGUUUUUGCUGGGGUGGUAUUGCUGUACGUCACCUGAUGACAUAUCCAGAGCUGAAGGCUGGUGUAUCUCUCUAUGGACUAACCAAGGAUUCUGAUCAUACACCCAAUCUCCUGAACCCUAUGUUUUUUAUUUUUGCUGAGAAAUAGGACUUAAUUCCCCUUCAUCAAGCCACCCUGCUGGAGCAGAAGCUAAAGAAAAAUUGUAAAGUCAAUUACGAAGUUAAAGUUUAUCCUGGACAAAAUCAUGGUUUUAUACAUUGCAGAAGAGAAGAUGUCAAUCCUCAAGAUAAGACUUCUGCUGAGGAAGGAAGAAAGGAUUUGAUCAACUGGCUGAAUAAAUACAUUUAG